UUUUAAAAUGACGUCAUCGUUUUAUGUGCCUAAAAUCGGAAGUUAGGAAAGUGAAAUUUUUUUCAUUUGAUUUCUCUUCAGUCUUCUCUUAUCGCCAACGUCAUUCGAAAUACAUCCCGGUGAUCUUGUGGUGAAAGGAGUUGUUACAGGUAAAAUAUCAUGAAACUAUGGCAACCAGCUCAAAUGAAUCUAAAAGUGACAAUAAAGCAUAUGGUGUUAUUCUAACGGCAGACACUGAAGAUGACCCCAUCAAUGAUAGCUCAGUGUGCUUGGGGUGUAUUAUCCUCAAUAGCAACCAGUUAGGAAGGUUGACACUGAAUGACAUCAGAGAUAAGAUUGCCCAACAACUCAGUGAUGUCCCAGUGCAGUUUUGUUUCCUCACUAAACAGGGGUGGCAGGUUACUCCAUCCCAAGAGGAUAUGUUAUUGGCCAGUAGUACAAUCAUCACUGAAGACAAAUCUAUACUCAUCAAAAAAUUCUAUGAUAAAGCCAGGGUCGGAGUAAGAUUGAACCAUGUAAAUCGCAGUGUCCAUUCUGAAGGAUCUCAUUCCAAAGUUUGUGGGUUUAUAUUUGCUGAUCAUUCUGAGCCACUACACUGUACAAGGAAUGCACUACUUGAACAGCUUCCAAGUAUUUUCUCAAACGAACAAAAUAGUGAGUUUGUGUUUAAAGACCGAAAUGGUUGGCCAAUUACCAGUGACCAGGAAAUCAAUUUCACGGUGCUCGAUAUUCUUGCGGGGGCUUAUAUUUCUCUACAAGUGUUCUCCACAGAUAGGGACCUUCCUAUGAUCAGUGAGGUGCAAGAUGCAGUAGAUUCCACCCAGGUCUCUAGACCAAGUCAACUUGAGCUUCCACCUCCACCCUCUCCUAAAAGGCCAAGAUUUUACAUGCCUAAAGCAUUAACAUUCCGAAGUGCCAAAGACCUUGAGCGUGAGGUCAGCAUAUCUAGUACAGACAGUAGUGGUACAAGUGGGGGUACCCUCUCAGUAACCUCCUCUGCUAAUACCCCCCAACUGAAAGAGAUUAUGAUUAGCUACGUGAGGUGUGAAGCUGCGGAACAUGCACUGAUGCUCAAAAAAUUACUUGUAAAACUGAAUUUUAGUGUCUUCUUGGAUGUCCAUGAGAUAAAGUUAGGUGUUGACUGGCAAGAUUAUUUGAACUAUGCAGUCAGUAACUGUGAGGUGUUUGUUCCUCUAGUAACCAAUAGAUAUGGUGAGACGCAGUGGACUAAUAGAGAGGUAAAGCUAGCAGAUGUGCUUCACAAAUAUAUCCUUCCAAUCAAUUUCUUGGAGGAGUGGCCCCCAAAAUGUCUGGCAAUACAGUUUGCUACCACACAAUUUAUCCCAUGGAGCUCUGGGAAGCAUAAAGAGCCAAAACUACAGGGUGAACUUGAAAACAGUAGUGAUGCCAUGGCUCCAAAUCAAGAAUGCUUGGAAGUAGUGGCCAAAGAAAUAGCCCAGCAUGUGAAGAACUACAAAGUGAACCAAUUGAAGACUGCAUUGAAGGCUAAUGCUCCCCCUCUAUUAACACCUAAUGAAGAAAAGAUUAUCCCACCUCCUGGUACCCCCUUAAUGGGCCCCUGUAGUGCAGAUGGUCUGUUUGCUCCCAGGAACAGCCUCGCUAGCAGCACAGACAGCGUGGACAGUGUUCGCCACACAUACAAGAUAGUCCUCAGCAUGCAUCCAAGACAGAGAGAAUUUGGUCAAAGGUUGAGGCAGGAGCUUGAACAAGAUGGUUGUGAAGUAUGGUGCUCUACAGACAUAUCAGCUACUGCGUCAUCAAUGGAGUUGGCUGAUACUCCAGACAGCUCUCAGACAAUGUCCCCUGCUGUCAGCAGUGAGCUGAGAGUUGAAGAUUCUGGCAUGUGUCCACUACUACUGAAGAGAUCGGGGAGUAUCUGUAGUGAUAACUCAGAGGCAGAUGAAUUAAAGUGGAUUCGGCAAACAUUCCAAGAAAAGGUUGAUAAAGCAUGUGUGGUCAUAAUCCUGCUAUCAAAAGCAUUUGCUGGCUCAAAAAUGUGUAGACAGCAGGUGUUUUACUGUGAACAUAGGAAGCGAAUGAUUCCAUUAAAGUAUGAAGAUUUUCCAAUGCCAUACUGGAUGGCCAUGCUCAUAGGCACAGAUUCUUUUGAGAUGUCAGAUCAAAGAUCCAGUCAACAAUGUGAUGUCCAGUCAGAGGGGUUUAUAGACAGCUUGAGGGCCAGAAUCAGAAUGUCUCCUAUGAGAACCCUCAGUCAGACUGACAUGGACCAGGCAAUUGCCAAGGUGCAAGAAUCGCUGCCAAGUAGGGGCUGUAUUUACAUCUCUGGCGGGACAAAAUUCUACAACAAAACCAGUGAAGAUAUCUGUAAAGCAAUUGGUGAACACCUUGCCAAGGUAGAAGACGUAACAUUGGUAACUGGAGGAUUCUUUGGUGUUGGAGAUUGUGUCGGGAGAAGUUUUCACACUUCACAUGAGAAUGACCCUCCUCCUAUGUUUCAUAUUCUACCCCAUAAAGACUGCAAAGUUCCACAAAUAGUGGUGGAGGGGGACAAAUUCAGAGUUAUUGGUGAAGAUGAUCCCAUUAGCUCUGAACAGCUGGAUCGUAGACAUCAGGGUCACCAAAAUGAAGAUCGGCAGUUCCAGAAAUUAGACUAUGGGACCACAGUGUUUGCAGGGAACAGUGUUAGACAGAGGGAGACAAUUGUGGCAAGACUCUUCAACAUCUGUAUUCUAGUUGAAG